GUUUUUCCUAGCGUGAUAAUGCACUUGAAAAGGAACGUUUUUGGCAUUAUGUAUUUAUGUUUAUAGUAUAGGAUUUGCGCGUUGCGCGCGCAUCGCAUCUGCCCGACCGACCGAUUAUGGCGGACAGGCAGUGAAGAAUGUUUGUCGUCUUUUCUAAAUCAGAAAGUAUCGACAGCAGCCAAUGGCAUAAACCGGGUUUUUUGUAAAAAUUGUACAUUGUAAAUAGUUCUGUGUACAUAUAGUAAUUAUAUUUGUGCUCGUUUUGUUUAGAAAUUCUGUGAAUAGUGUAUUAUUUUGAGUGUUUAUUCAGUUCAGUUCUCGAAGCCGACUAAUAGCUAAAUCUUAACCGUAUUAGAUCAUGUAAAUCGGUUUAAUUACACAUCUGGCUGUAUUGUUAUUGAAAGUAGCGAUAAUUGUAUAAAGUGCAGAUAGCGAGACAUUUUGUGUUUACGGUUACGAAGAAUCGAAGUGUUGUGAAACUGAAUGCUCGAACCCCACGGUAGCCCAAUGAAGUGGCCGGGAACGGGAGCGGAAGAAGAGGCGGGCGAAGCUAGCUUGCAGAGCACGCGCGCUUCUCAGGCUCGGAGCCAGGACGAUGCCACUGUGCAUUACGUGUUCCAGCGAGAGCCACAGGAAGGCGAACUGCCCUCACUAGCACCUAAACAACGUUGGGCCGUUGGUGAAGAUACUAUUGCAGAGAACCAAGAUAAAUGGAAGAAUUCCAAUCCUAUGACAAUGAACAAUAUGCACCAAGCUCAAGUGCAACUUAAAAAUUCACAAACAAAUCAACAGCAGUUCAUAAACCAGGCUAUAGCUUCAUCUGGUGGAACAUUAGCUAUGAAUCCAUCAGUUAUUGGAAGUCACCCAGCUCACUUGACUACUAACAUGGUACAUACCCAGUUGGCUCCAUUGCAAAACCCAACACUUGGAAACAAUUUAGCUAUUCAGAACAAUGCUGUGAUGUUGCCACAGUUGCAAGGCAUGCAGAAUGCUCAACAGAUGGGACAGCAAGGAUUAUAUGACAUACAUCAACACCAUGGCAAUCCUAUGCAAGCUAUGAAUGGUAUUGGUAAAAACAAUGAACAUCUCAUGUAUUUGGGUCAGGCUGGCAUGUUAGCUCCUGGAACCAAUCAGUACCUACAACAAGGACAAAAUCAACUUGGUUUGACUCCAGUGGCAGCCAUCAGAAAUCAGAUUGCACCUGCUGCAAAAAAACUAUGGGACAAAGGCCCUGGUGCUGGCGGCGACAGCAAGGGCCCUCCUCACCUGCCGCCCCUACAGUUGAACCCAGAGCAGAUGUGGCGUGAUCCGACCUGGUCCGCGCAAGCAGUAGAACACAAUGUGGGUGUCCCAAUGAUGGGCACGCGGCGCGGUGUCGCCUUCCCCGGCGGGGAUGCUGGCAGCAUUCUGUCACCGCGAGAUACGGCUGGACUGGGCGUCAAAAUGGUCGAAUAUGUACUCGGAGGAUCUCCUACAGUUUCAUCAAGAAUUAAUUAUUCACAUCUCGUAGAAGCAGGUGGCGUAGCUACUGGUGGAGGUGAAAAGGUACCUGGUGUUGUCUCUGGAUUACGUGGCAUGGUACUAGAGGAGCGUCCUGAAGAUAAAUCCGCCUCCCCCUUCGAAAAGGACUUGCAUGAACUGCAUGAACAUGGAUCUUUACCUAAUGGAUUACAUAAUGGACAAGAAGAUGACAAAGCUUUUAACCGUACCCCGGGGUCGCGCCAGCCGUCGCCGGCGGAGGAGGAGGCGGGCGGCGGCGCGGGCCCCCGCAACGGGGAGGCGCCCGCCUUCCCGCUGCUGCCGCCCCACGCCAUGCCGCAGCCCCAGCCCCAGCAGCUGCACCAUCUGCCGCAUCUAUCGCAUCCACAGCACCACCCGGGUAUGUUAGGAGUGGCACCUCUCCAAGGACUACCACAUCCACAGCACCCACAAAUCCAUCCUGGUAUGACAUUGAACGACUCUAUGAAUCAACACAUUGAACUCGUUUUACAAAUGGAACAGCAUCCACAAUUUGACAACAACAGCUUUGCAAGUACACAGCAGUAUGGCGGUGGAGUUGGUGGAGUGGGUGGAGUCGGUGGCGUGGGCGGUGCAAGCGGCGCCGUGGGAGGCGUGGGCGGAGUGGCUGGCGUGGGCGGCGUCGCGGGACAGGGCGCCGGCCUUGUCAACGGCGCCUCUGUUGUACAGCAAGCGCCCGAUUCCACGCAACACCACCAGCCGUUUGACGUACAGCAAUUGUUCCGGUCUCAACAAGCUGCUGCAGCAGGCGGCCAGGCGGCUGCAGCGCAGUUGCAGCUUUUGCAACAGCAACAACAACAACAAUUUCAAUUACAACAACAGUUAGCAGCCCAACAGGCUUUUACACAAGCACCUUACGUUAUCAAUGCUGGUCAGGAAGGUGCACCUUACGUGAGCGCUUUAAUAGCGGGCGUUCCCCCAUACUAUGGAGUCGCGGCACCGUGGGGCGUGUAUCCCGGGCUCGUAGCACAACCCGCACAACAGCAAGCACAACAACCGCGACGGCCAUUGACUCCUCAGCAGGGUGAGCAACAAGUGAACGGCCAGGGACAGUAUGUGAUCCCCUACUACGAUCCGGGCUCACUAGUCAUGGGCGGACGCAACGGCACGCCCUUGCGGCUAGUGUCACCGGGAGGCGUAUUAGCUCCGCGCCAGUACCAGCCAGCGCCUGCGCAUCCAGCCGCUUCUGCCGCGCCACCGCAAGCAGCGCAAGCGCAGCAACCGCAGCCUGGCGGUGCGACGCAGGCUCGGCGCGACUCGCUGGAGUUUGGCGGCGGCGGUCCGGCCGCGGCACUGCAGGAAUACGCGGCACGCAAGUGGGGCCCCUCGCCACUAUCGCCGCCGCUAGGCGCCGCGCUGGGCCCUGUGGGGCUUCGGCCAGUGUCCGCCGCACCCGGCGCUGAGACCGCCAAGUACAGAGCUGUGAGCAGUUUAGCGCAAGGUCUCACAUCAAACGGAAUGUUUGGAUCUUCUUCAUCACUCCUCAGCAAACUCAGUGGAGUAGGAACUAUAUCAGAAUUGGUGGGCGGAGGUGUGGGCGUGGGAGGCGUGAGUGUAGGCGUGGGCGGCGUGGGUGUAGGCGCACUCGUCGGUGAAAAGCCUCCUGCCGGCCGCUCGCGACUCCUGGAAGACUUCCGCAACAAUCGCUUUCCGAACCUGCAAUUAAGAGAACUCGCCAAUCACAUCGUCGAAUUUUCACAAGAUCAGCAUGGCUCCCGAUUUAUUCAACAGAAACUGGAAAGGGCAACGGUUCAAGAGAAACAAAUGGUGUUUAAUGAAAUCAUCGGAGCUGCUUAUAGCCUAAUGACAGAUGUGUUUGGAAAUUACGUCAUUCAAAAAUUCUUUGAGUUUGGAACAACAGAACAGAAAACAACAUUGGCACAGAAGGUUCGCGGUCACGUGUUAAACCUAGCAUUACAAAUGUAUGGAUGCCGGGUUAUUCAAAAAGCGCUAGAGUCAAUUCCGGCUGAACAACAACAAGAGGUAGUGCGUGAGCUCGAUGGCCACGUACUCAAGUGUGUGAAGGACCAAAACGGCAAUCAUGUCGUUCAAAAGUGUAUCGAGUGCGUAGAGCCGACGGCUCUGCAGUUUAUAAUAAAUGCAUUCGCGGGACAAGUGUACGCGCUGUCGACGCACCCGUACGGCUGCCGCGUGAUCCAGCGCAUCCUGGAGCACUGCACGGGCGAGCAGACCGCGCCCGUGCUCAGCGAGCUGCACGCGCACACGGACCAGCUCAUCCAGGACCAGUACGGCAACUACGUGGUGCAGCACGUGCUGGAGCACGGCGCGCCCGAGGACCGCUCGCGCCUCGUGGCCGCCGUGCGCGGCAAGGUGCUGCAGCUCUCGCAGCACAAGUUCGCCUCCAACGUCGUCGAGAAGUGCGUCUCCCACGCCACGCGCACCGAGCGCGCGCUGCUCAUCGACGAGCUCUGCGGCUUCAACGACAAUGCUCUCCACGUGAUGAUGAAGGACCAGUACGCGAACUACGUGGUGCAGAAGAUGAUCGACGUGGCGGAGCCGACGCAGCGCAAGGUGUUGAUGCACAAGAUCCGGCCGCACAUCGGGUCGCUCCGCAAGUACACUUACGGCAAGCACAUCAUCGCGAAACUCGAGAAGUUUUUCAUGAAAGCGCCGGAACUGGGGCCUAUCGGGCCGCCGCCUCCGAACCCUGUGCUGUAGUCUGUGUAAAGUAUUAAACGUCCGCGGGUGUAGGCUGAUGCGACGGCGCGGGUAUCGCCCGCCUAUUAUAAAUUUUGUGAAUAUUUGCGAUUGUACAUUUAUAACUAUAGUGCUCGCCGCUCCACCGGCGGGCUGCGGCCCCUGUACAUAGUAGCGGCAGACUGAUGUACAGAACAUACGAUAUACUGUAUACUGUAACAAUAGUUGUACAGCGUCGACGCCGACUCCGGUGCUCGGCCGUCGCGUCACCGCGGCGUAGCGUUUAUUGCGUUUCUAGCUCUUAAGUGUUCUAGUAUUAUUCGUUGUUCGUAUGAAUCUAUGUAUAAAUAUUUGAACGUCUCUCAUUCUCGUGUAAUUUAUGAAUCGAAGGAAAGCGGCGGUUACGGCCCCAGCGUUUCCAUAAUUUUAGCUCGUUGUAGAUUAACUAUUAGCUGGGCUAGGGGACCUUGAAUCUUCUAAAGCGAUAAAGAGAUGCCGCAGGCAGUUCUGGACAAUCGGCACUAUAGUCGUGAUUAUUAUAUUAUUAUUUUGUACUAUUCUUCAAGUCAAGCUCUCGUUUAAGUUAUAAACCGGCUUUAAAAUCGUACAUAGCUUAUCUCGUUUAGUGCCGGAAUGUAUAGUUCGUCGAUUAUAAUUUUGUGAAAAUGAUAUUUUUGUAUAUUUUUUAUGUAAUUAAUUUAAGUUAUUUAGUUAAUGAGCCUCCGAAAAUGAUCGGAGCGAGCGCUUACGAAUGGGCGAUGCUUAUGUUAGUGUAGACGCAGCUGUCCCGCGCUGCGCGUAGGUUAUAGUGAUGAUUGUAAAGUCCUGUACUGAUAGUUGUAGUCCCGAGGUCUACCUUGCCGGUCGCACGUCACAAGCGUAGCUACUCCUCAUUCCCCCUGUGUAAUUAAUUUUUAUAGGAAGCGUAGUUUCCUACGUCACCUCAAGAUUUUUUACGUUUAGAUGUAAUUGAAAAUAAAAUUAUUGUAUAUGGCUGUACAAAAAUGUUAACAAAAUGAUUUGUAAAACCCGUAUGUGAUGGAAUAAGGCGAGGCGUCGAGAGCGGCGGGACGUGACUGAUCGCGGCUCUGUACGUCGCGUCUUGUAGGUUGUACUAGAUAACAUUUAUAUGAUCCAUCUAUUUAGACAUUAAUUAUAAUAAAGCAUUUCUGUAAUAAUAUUACAAAGAA